AGGGGGCUCUUCAGUGUAGAUAACGAUGGUAAGUCCCUCAUCCCCAGUUUUAUUUUGGCUACACCCCAGAAUUCCUCCAUGCAUGAUGCCGGAGCCGUACAAUGUUUUGUUGUGUGACAUUGUCACACAAACCCUCGUGCUGUUUGUUUACUGUUUUUUUUGUGUCGUGGUAAAAACAAAUGUAUCUCAAGAUUCUGAAACCAUCUUUUUGCAGUCUGUAGGAAGACUUGGUGACUUAUCGAAUUUAGAUUUAUAGUGUGCAUUCACUCAAUGCGCUUGACGUAGUUUACAAAACGAUGACAAUGGAAUGAUGUAGUUGAUUGGGGCGUACGAGGAUGGAGGAAUGAGUGGCAGCGAUAGAGGUGUACUUAGGGAUCACGAAAGGGCUGUUGGGGAGGGCCGGGAAGGAAUGGAGGAGCGAGGAGAGGUAAGACUGCUCAGUGUAUGGUUGUGACACCUGCACAAGUAUUCAUAACAAAGCUAGAGGCAUGUCACAAUGCGACCGAUUCAUGGUGUCGGUGAUGCAACCAUCGCAUUAGCAAACUAAGCACAUGGCCGAAAUACAACUAGUCGAGUGAUAUUUGAUCACACACGAUAUUAAAUGUCACUGUGAAGUCUGUUAAUAUUCAAAUUAUAUAACAGCACUGGUAAUUUGGCAUUUAUUACUGCAGUUCUGCAUUGUAUACCUGGUAAAUUUAACAUCAGUCAGAUACAAUAUAAGGAUCUGUCGUGAAUGCUAUAUUGUCAUGUAAUGUAAACUGUUGGAAAGCUUGAUGAAUAUUUCACAUAAUUGUAUUCAAUGUAAAAUCUGAUUCAUCACUCUAAUGUGUCACUAUACUUUAUAAUUUUCUCACUAUAUUUUCUCACAUUAUUUCGGCAUAUAUUGAGGUGGAGUAGUGGCACAGUGAUUAAGGCACUGCACUAUGACACAUGCAACCCAAGUUCAAUACCCAGCCAUGGCUAAGAUCAGUGGCAAGUCGAUAUAUGUAGAGGUAUACCUCGGUUAACAAAGUAGAUGCUUUCGAUCAUGUCACUUCCUUAUCAGAAAGGUCAAUACCAGAGGUAGAUAUGGGAGGCAUAGGGAUGCGUUCCAGGACUUCAGGGAAGGGGGGGGGGGUAGAAUAGUAAAAAAUUGCUGCACAGUGGCUUUCACGUUGUCUGCUUGUUUUAAAGUUGUCUCUAAGGUGGACUGCGCCAACCAUAACGCGCCACUUCAGGUUUCAUCUCCCUCGCCUCUACCCAUCCUCCUUACGAUCUGCAUUUUGGUUUCCAGAGAUGGAUUUAUGCUGCAUUCUUUGCCCAAUGAGGCAACUAGCAUGAGAUGGUUGGUUGGAUGACAUAAUGGGGGAAGCUAAAUCACUUUAAUCACUGCAAAAAACAUGAUGACAUUCCAGCAAUGCGAAGAGUUCAAGCAAAAAUAUGGGGCGGGGGGGGGAGGCAACGGACCCUCCACGGCCGACUAUAAAGGAGCUUUGUCCCCGGAGGAUUCGUCAACCGAGAUAUUUACGCACAAUUAGCAUGGUUCGCUACGUACAGUUUGAAAGAAGUUCAACAUACAUUCUGUAUUCUACAUCCAACUUGCACGUAACAUUAGCAUGAAGCAUGGUCACACAACCCCCAUAAUUGACACGGCACGGUUAGAGGCCUUCAUCCAGAGGUGGACUGACAAAGCGCCAAGAACAUUAUUGUACCGUUGCAUAAGGGACGGCCGAGAGGCGAACCUUAUUAAGUAAUGCACAAACAUACCCUGUACUCUUAACUAAAUGCUAGUACAUUCAAAGUAGCGCGCCCGACUCUCAUUGGCGAGAAGCUCUCAGGGGGGAGGAGCCAAACGUAAGGUACACGAUUUGAUUGGAAAGUGGAGAACCACUCAAGUCUAAUUGGUUGUCGGGGUAAAUUUGAAUGAGCAAGGGGGGGAGGACCACAUGCAAAUGAGGGGUCGGUUGGGAGACCAUUGGGAGAGGUGAUGGGGAUCGGUGAAGUCGGAGAAAGUUCCAGAAAGGACGGGGAAGAGGAUACAAGGAGCGGGAGGACAGUUCAAGGCAGCGCCUGAACGGAGUAACUCUGAAGUGUUACGCACUCUGCUGAAGACGGAAUCAAGUCCAAUACUUACUUGGGGGCUGGUACGCCUUUACAAUUGUUUAGCAAAUGUUUAAUAUGCCAGAAAACACACUGGUUGUGUGAGCGCCAGUUUGCCUGAGUUCCCAGGUGCACAAUAUCCAUGUACAGUAUUUUACACUACAAGCUAUCCACAACUUAUGAUGUUAUUUUUUAAUCAUCCCACUUGCGAACGUUCGCUCGUACUUGCGAACCAAACUAUUUUGUUUGGCGGAGUGAUCCUCCGUGAGAUGUAAUGAGUCUUGCACCCCGCUGGGAGUGAGUAUGUACCGUAUGUAUGUAUGUGUCUUUACGCGCUCACACAUGUAUGAGAGUGUCUUUGUAUGGGGAGUGGUAGUGUAGCGGUUAGCACGCUGCGCUACGAACACUUUCCUGCUCCCACGCAGAAGAUUCCACCCAAUAAGUGGAUGAUAGCCGAGCCACGUCAAUCAAAAUCAAUCAGAUUCCACCCACUUGUAAAGAUAUGCAACUACUGUACUGUAGAGUCGAUCACGUGGACUUCAGAAUAAGUGGAGCAUAUAUUUAUUCGGUUUAAGCACAUGACUUGUAAUAAACAUUCCCAAGAAUAACAAUGUAAAACUGUUUUUAGAUGAUUAAUUUGGGUUUUAAAGGAAAACCCAUUAUUCAUUUAUGUCAAAAUCUCAGGUGCACGGUUAAUCCGCAAAUCGGAUAAACCGCGCACGAAUACUGUAUUGAGUUCUGAGGUCCGAACAGAUCGACUUGCGAAUUGGUCUCAUGAAUGGAACCCGUUCGUAGGUCGGGAACUGCCCCGUACAGCAAGAAAUACCAUGUGGCUGAACAUCACUGCCUCGUUCACUGGAGUCUGGGAUCACCGCGUCACCUGGGACCCAAGAUGGGCCACUUGGGACGUAAGAUGGAGACAAGACGGCACCCGUGUUUUCUUCCGCGGCAACAUCAUCGUGAGCAGUGCAGUCACGAUGCGUACAGGAAUCAAGCGCGAAUGGUCGAGCCACAGGGGCGCGAUCGGCGAACUCUACCUCAAUAAAUUUGUCAAAAAAACGCGAAAGCUAAACCCCCGCGAGAGGGAGAUGCUUGCUGUGCAUUCAUAAUCAGCAGCAAACUGUAAAGCAUCACGUAAAUCAAUAACACGUGGUGGCCACUAAAGAGAAAACAUUCCCGAUGAGAUCACUAAAAGCUACACCACCUCCUGUCACGCUUCAUGUGCAUUUUCUUGAAUUGAAUUAAGCCGAGCUUACAGUGGCGAGCGCUACCUGAACUGCCCGCCACCCCUUCGCCCAACCUGCACGGACAAGCGUGGUGAGGUAUGGUCAAACAACCUCAUGAUCAACACUGUGUAAGAAAGAUCUUCAUCCAGGAGUGGAUUGAUAAAGGGCUGUACAUAAUGCAUUGUUAUUAAUCUGAGUUAAUCUGCCGACAUCUUAUGAUUGUAAACGCAUUGGGUGCCCCGGAGCCUCCUACUACAUUAGGGAGAUUUGUUUAAAACCUCAUGCUUGCUCGGCCCCUAGAUGCAAAUGUAUUCCCUAUUUGUAGUGUCUUGACACAUUUUAAUAGUGGGCUCCUCCAAAAAACUAGCGCAGAUAUGGCAAUCAUAUCGAUGACGAUGUGUUCAUUGGUUGAUCUUGAUAAAGAUGCGCUCCUUUCACAUCUCAACACAUUGGAAAGGGCACCUCAGUUGCAGUUGUCCCUGCGCAGCAAACGAUGAUUCGGCACCGGGCAUUAGUCUUGCAACAUGCGGCGAUGACUGCUGCUAUGGGUAAUCCCAUUUGAGUGAUUUGUAGUAAUUUUUUUUAAAUUGGGAAGCAAACAGCGCGUAUGUAUAUGGUUCGUACCACCGCAGUGAUAACCAGGGCAGCCUGCCGGACUCGAACUGAGAAACUUCUACAAAAAGCGGCUACCGCUGGGCUCCAGUCACAGUGCAGCUGUCUAAAUAUAGGACAGCAUCGUGCCCUAAGGGCUCUCACAAGCGGAUGUGACACAGAAACAACACAGUACAGCACUGCACUUAAAGAGAUACACAUUUCACUAUUAAACGAGCGGUGGAUUUCUUCUUACAUAUGCUGCUGUGUGUGUUUAAAUAGCACCUCGACCAAAUGACAUUCGUUUACAUCCCAGUUUCGUAAAAUGAACGAGAAGAGUGAUGCGUUCGGUAUGGCCAGGUCACCGCUCGGCUAUUAAUUGCCAGAACAUGUAAACAGCGCCUCUCUGUAAUUUCCUCCGAAUGUAGGCAAACGUUUAGGCGCCCCCUCCGCAUUCCGAGGAACUUCCUCUUUUGGACGCUGCCGCAUUUGACCGCGGUCCUCACAACUGGACGAGUCACGGCGUGGUAGCGCUGCUUGUUGUUGACGGGCCGUCGGCGUGAACGAUUGCUGCUGCUGCUGCCGUUGCCGCUGCCGCAGAGUCUCGCACACAGCCAUCGCCUCUGCUGCUGCGUUGAGAUUCAUGAACUUGUUUCACGGGCCACACAUGUUCUACAGUCAUACGAGAAAUGCCUGGAUUUUGGAAUCAUGCAAUGUCUGCACAGCUACUCCUUCUGACUGCAUUGUACCUCCACAGGUUCUGCUCUGCACAACCAAAUGAAUGUUCUAUGGACAUUGUGUUUGCUGUGGACGUAUCCAAUGUGAGGGAUGGCCAGGGCAUCAGUCUCUCCCAGCCUCAGCUGGAAGCCAAGCUCUCUGAGGCAGUGUUGCAAAUGAAGAAUCUCAACUCCAUAAGCUGCGGAGAGCUGCUCACGCCCAGGCUUGCUGUGGCGGCCUUCAGAAGCGACGGCUCGAUCGUCGAACAGUCCACCUUCCAGCCCGUGAUUCAGGGCCUUGCCUGGAACGUGCCCAGAAGUAUCAAGCAGCAAGGGCCAUACGUGGUCACGGAUAAAUCCAUUUACAAUCUUGCAAUGAAAUUUUACAAUGAGUCUAGACACACCACGAUAAAGGUAUUAGUGCUGUUUUCUGAUGGAUUGGACCAGGAUGUGCCUGCCCUGCAGAGAAGUAUUGAAAACCUCAAACGAGUGGGUGUACAAGCCUUGAUUACAGUGGACUUGCGGACAUCACAGGACGAGUCCCUGCACGAGUUAGAGUUUGGCAGAGGCCUAAGAUAUCAGCGCCACCUGCAGCUCAACAUGCAUGAGUUGGGCAUCUCUCUUGCGGAGGAGUUGAUAAACGUGGGAGAAAGGAUCUGCUGUAACAUUAAUUGUGUCUGCUAUGGUCAACAUGGCAGAAGAGGCCUAAGAGGUCCUGCAGGCUUUGAGGGCUCUCCGGGUGAGACGGGCACAUCAGGGCACCCUGGCGAGGAUGGCAGCAAUGGUGUGAGAGGACCCACAGGGGUUCCAGGAUACCAAGGUGGCCAAGGUUGUCAGGGCCCCAGAGGCGUCAAGGGUACUCGUGGAGGCCAAGGCCAACUGGGAGCAGCAGGAGAUCCUGGCUUGGACGGAGUUAGUGGGGAGAAGGGUGGCGAUGGACUGCCUGGUUACCCUGGGAGCAAAGGAAGGCCUGGAAUACCGGGACUUGUGGGCGAGCCGGGAAUUCCAGGGGAGAAAGGAAGCGCAGGAACGGCGGGGAUGACGGGGGAGCGAGGCUCUAACAGCACCGUGCCAGGCGUGAAAGGGGAGAGAGGCCACCCAGGAAAUAUGGGCCUGCCUGGGACCGAUGGGCUGCCUGCUGACCCUGGGCCACCGGGGCCUGACGGUGCAAAGGGCUGGCGGGGACCGUCUGGACUCAAAGGUGAGAAGGGUGCUCCGGGAGGAGGCGGAACCAGAGGACUCGCGGGCUAUCCUGGAAGUGCAGGUAACAGAGGAAGCCCGGGUGCCCAAGGCAGCAGAGGACUAAGUGGUAUGCGUGGCUGCCAUGGUGAUCCUGGACAACAAGGCCCAAUUGGUAAUCCUGGUGAGCCUGGUGGUCGAGGAACCAAGGGAGAACGUGGUGAACGAGGGGACAAAGGAGGCAUUGGAUACCCUGGGAAACAAGGAUAUCCCGGCGUGAACGGAUACGAUGGCUAUGGUGUCUCCGGAGUUAGAGGACCUAAGGGGGACGUCGGUGAAAUCGGAUAUCCAGGAGAAAUGGGUGAACCUGGGACUUCAGGGGACAAGGGUGAGAAGGCUUCAAAAGGCUUCAAAGGCAGAGCGAGUGAUGUGGGUCCGCCUGGCUCUGCAGGGACUCCAGGAAACUUUGGAACCCCUGGGCCUCCAGGACCCCAAGGGACAAAUGUACCUCCUAAAUUGAAUUGCGAAAUAAUGAAACAAAUCAGAGAAAACUGCCCUUGUUGUAAAGGAACGUGCCCCCCAUACCCACUGGAGCUGGUGUUCGCGGUGGAGAUCUCGCCUCAAAUGACACAAGCACUCUUUGAGUUGGUGAAGACCUCGAUGGUGGAACUCCUUCGCGAUGUGCUCAUUGCCAGGAGGAGCUGUCCUCAGGGGGCCCGUGUGGCGGUCGUGACUUACAGCGGCUAUGGACCCUCCGCUCAGAUUCGACACAAAAUCCACUUCAGCGACUACAGCGACAAAGAGACGCUGAAUCGAACCAUCAGAGAUCUACCAUACGUCAGUGGACAUAGCGAUGCCAAUCUGAACACAGCCAUGAAGCUCAUCGGGAGAAACACUUUCAAGAGAAUCCGGUCCGGAAUCCUUGUGAAAAAGAUGAUUGUGGCUUUUACAGCGAUGGACUUCGUAGAUGACACUUUUGGCGCGUUGCAGAGAAGUCUGGCAGCUGAGAAUAUUUCUGCAGUGUUCGUCGGUUUUGAAAACCAGAAAAUCGAUCAAAUUGACAACCAGGGCAGUGACACGUUCUUCCGGGUGUUUGUUCUCCCACAACAAGAAGCAGCUCGAAAGGAAGUAUACAAUGGCAUUCUGAAGUGUGCUAUUUGUUUUGAUAUUUGCAAAAAAGGACAAUGUGAAAAAGAGAUUCCUAUCACGAUGGACAUUGCCUUUGUGAUCGACAGCUCAGAUAGCAUAAAACCCGAAGACUUUCUCAAGAUCAAGUUCUUCUUAAGCUCUUUGCUCGACCGCUUCAGUAUCUCGGACGACCCCCAGCUUGAGUUGAACAAGUCGCGCGUGGCACUUGUGCAGUACACGCCCGGAGCAUUGGAUGAAGACCUGAAACCGAAAGACCCCGUGAAGCUCGAGUUCAACUUCACACAUUAUGCAAACAAGGCGAAAAUGAAAACCCACAUUGAACGCAUGAGGCAAAUCGAAGGCACCACGGGCACUGGCCAUGCCAUCAAGUGGACCCUGGAGCAUCUCUUUGGUAAAACGCAACACCCUCGGAGUCACCGCGUAAUUUUUGUCAUCACCGACGGCGAAGCGAAGCCCUGGGACAAGGAUACUCUCCACAGCGUCGUGCUGGAUGCCAAGUGCAAAGAGUUUGCCAUGUUUGCCAUCGGCGUUGGAAAAGACAUCAACCAAACCGAGCUCCAUUACAUUGCAAGUGAACCGAUUAACCAGCACUACAUCAAGAUCGAAAGGUACACCCAGUUGACCGAGUUAAAUGUGAACAGCAGGAUAAAGAGUAUCCUCACGCAGUGGAAAGAUAAAACUUUGAUGUACCCAUUGAAUAAAGACAAGUGCAAUAGUCGCACACAAAUGGACCAAUCAGCAGACACCUCAGGUGCCUUGGGCAAGAGUAAACCAUUAGCUGCAGUCAUCAGAGAUGUUAACCACACCAGCUUCGUAUUGGAAUGGAAUGCACCAGACCCAGGCGAAUUUCUAGUAACUGUUACGGACAAGGAGACUGGAGACGCGCCGUUCAGGGAAAUGACGAAUUCCACGACAGCCAAUGUGAUGGGUUUGACGAGCUGUCAUAAUUAUUUGAUACAAAUACAGUCGGUCAACAGCGGAGCUCCAGGAUUUAGUUACACGGGCAGCCACAGAACACGCGCGGCUCCUCCGUCCUCGGUGUGGACGACCGUGAUCAGCAACAGCAGUGUGGCGCUGAGCUGGACUCCGCCCCUGCACGCCGUGCCCACCUCCUACAGCGUGCACAUCAACACGCUGCCCUACGGCGAUAAAAAGUGUUUCUCGGUUGAUGUGGAGCAAACGCGGUAUGUUUUUACCGGGCUCGCGUCUGAUGCUGUCUACAGCGUCGGAGUGAGCGCCUUCUGCGGCACACAGCAGAGCGAGACCGUCAACCUGCAGAUCAAAACAGACGUGUGUUCCUUGACCGUGGACAAAGGCAGCUGCCACGCAUUCAAGAUGAGAUGGUUUUUCUAUGCCCACUUCCAAGUGUGUGCCCGUUUCUGGUAUGGGGGCUGUGGAGGAAACGGCAACAACUUCAUGAGCCGUGAGGAGUGUGAGAUGACCUGUAAGACCAGAGGCAGUUCUGAGAUGACCUUACCUGUGGGUGACAUCACACAGCAUGUGAAUGUGAAAAGCCUGUCGUGAGUGGUGCUCUGGGAAAGGAGACUCGCAUUGAAGAAGUGGUGCUAAACUAACAGAAAACCAUCUUUCAUACACAUUCAUUAUAUCGUUUAAGUAUAUUGUACUCCAAUGUUGAUCGUAUAAACAUUCAAAUAAUGUAUAUUGAUGUCACCACAGUUUGCAUCCCAUUAGGCAGAAAAAAACAGAAAUAUAAUAUCUAUUCUCUUUGGUUCUUUCGGUAAAGUCACCUAGGUAUAAAAUGAAUAAAUAAAAUAAAUCACAGUUAUUUUAUUUUCUUAUUUUCUACCUGUGUGACUUUACCGAAAGAACCAAAGAGUAUGGAUUCCUGCAGUCACAAAAGCUUCAAAUCAAGAUAAUAUCUAUUUUUGUUACCGAUAACGAUCUGAAUUCCUUCAUCGCUUGCACCCAACUUUUGCAACUCACAAGUAAGUACCGUACUCACUGCAUAUUCCGCGCCAUGGUACACUCACUUUCACCUGCCUCUCCCCUCUCUACUCCCAAAGCCGUGGCGACUACUUCGGUAACCUAGGCCUCCUCAGCCAGUGUACUUACACCGUGGUGGCGAGAUGUUAACUGCCUCGCCUGGUAUACAGGAGGUCGUGGAUCAGAUCCCGACCCUGAUGCCUGCUGUAUAUUUGCAGUUUGCACCUCU